AUGUCUAAAAUAAUUUACUAUUUAAUUAAUUUAAUAAUUAUUUUAUUCAAUUUUGCAAAUUCCCAAACACCUAAUUGUAAUAAUUUAGCUCCUACAGACGCUGCUAGAUUAACUUGUCAAUUUUUGUCUAUGAGUGAUAAUGCUGCAAGGAAUUCUCCACCUCCUCCAAAUCCUCCUCUUCCUCCUGGCGGACCUCCAAAUCCAAAUAUUCCAAAUUUGGCAGCAAAUUUUGCAGCUGUCCCUGCUACCCCCUAUCAAUGUAUGGAUUUGGGAUGUCUUUGCCGUUUUAUGGGAGGUUGCCCUAAUGGACCCCUACAGAGAGCAGUCCGUACAGAAUACAGAUUAAUGACUGAAGAUCAAAGGCAACGAUAUCAUAAUGCUUUACUUCAAAUGAAAAGUGACGGCCUUUUUGAUCAAAUUGCUUCAGUGCACACAACAGCUGUACAAACUGGAUCAGCACAUGGGGGUCCUGCUUUUCAUCCUUGGCACAGAGAAUAUUUGAAAAGGUACGAGUUUGCUCUUCGCAUGGUUGACCCAUCCAUCGCUUUACCCUAUUGGGAUUCUACUUUAGAUGGUGCUUUACCAACCCCUGCAGAUUCAAUAUUAUUUUCCCAGGAAUUAAUGGGACAGGCAGAUUCUAAUGGACAAUUACGUUCUGGGAGAUUUGCCCCUUGGAGGACACUUGAAGGAAAUCCUUUUAUAACAAGAUUUGUCGGUUCAGGAGGAGCUUGUUACCAAGAAUCACAAAUUCAAUGGGUUUGGGGGCAAAGAGAUAUUGCUUUAAUGCUUGCGUAUUCUUUCCCCAAUGCUCUAACUCAUGGAAAUGUGCACAUUUUUGUUGGUGGGGAUAUGUUAGAUCCACGGACGUCGGCUAAUGAUCCCUUAUUUUAUAUGCAUCAUUCUUUUGUUGAUUAUAUAUGGGAAGGAUAUCGUGUAAGACAACAAUCUAGACAGCAAAGAGAGACAGAAUAUCCAGCUGAUAACUCGCCAAUGAAUAAUGUUGACGGAUUAAGCAAUGCUUAUACAGAUAAUUUAUAUCAGUUCGCGGAGAGACCUACGUGCCAAAGUGGGCCUAAUUGUGGGUCGCCCUAUUUAUUUUGUGAUCGCUCUCAUGGCGCUCCACGCUGCGCAUCCAAAGUUAGGAUUGGUGGAGAUUGUAGAGGGUUUAAUUCUCAAGAGGAUGUGUGUUAUAACGGAGUUUGUUCGAAUGGACGUUGUGUUGGUAGACAAUUAAGGGCUGAUGAAGAUGGAGACGAGGAGGAUAAUGAAGUUAAGGAGACAGGAGUUCAAAACGAUCCAGCUGGACAAAUACCCGAUCAAGUCGCGGUGAUUACUAAAAUAAUUAUCUUAAUAUUGAAAUUGAUUGACCCCUUUUUGAACUUAUUGGGAUAUAUUGAGAUAUUGGUAGUGGUAUGGGAACGUUAUCUCUCGUAUUGUUUGUUCUCUAAUUAUAAAUAA